AUGUCGCGAACGCCCAGCCCAUCGCAGGAGGAUCCCUCCUCCAAACAGUCACCGAAUGGGUCGUUGAGCCCCAAGAAAAAGAUAACGUGUCGUCGGAUGCCGGUGGGGGGUGUGGUGGAAAAAACGGGGUCCAAAAAAGGGAAGGAUAAGAGUGGGUCGGAAGCCGAUGGGAAACAGCAUAAGAAGGGAAGUGGCGCGGCCAAGGCCGGAGCGGGUAUUUCGGUUGCGAAGCUGGACAAAAGACGAAAAAAAUCCGGCGCCCUGGCGUCUGCCAGCAAGGGUGGUGGCAAGGGCCGGCAAAAGAAAGCGGGUGGCAAACAGAAAAGCUCCCCCGUCGAGCGUGUCGACGAAGGGUCCAAGUGUGAGGAAGAAGCGGACCACAAUGCACGACACGAACCGGCCCCGAUGGAUACGAACGGGGAGCGGAACGAUGAAGCAAGCGAUAUGAGCGACUUUGAGGACAUUGACAAUAUGCGUGUGAAGCCUCACGACACCAGCAUCGAAGAGGAAGAGGAUGGUGGUGAUAGCGAGCGGGAGCCGGCGGCGAAAAAGUCGUCCGACAAAUCAAAAAACAAAAAGAACAAAACCAGCAAGAAGAAUGUGGGGAAAGCUGGCGGUGCUGGGGGCGAGCAUCAUCGCACUAAAAAGAGCGGCGGAAGCAAGAGCAAGCAGAAGGGGAAGGAUAAAAAGAUGGACAAAAAAUCGCACAAGCGCGAUAAGGCUGGCAAGGGCAAGAAAAAGUCCAAAUCCUCCAGCGAUGAUCGUGCGCACGGGGGCGAUCGCGAAGCAACGUCGAGCGGUGGUGAGGAUGAAGAAGGUGCGGAUGGAGGAGAGGGAAGAGUUGAAUACCUCGGAGAUGCGUCGAAAAGUGCCUCAAAGCCGAUGCAAAAGCAGUCCAGGGACUCGCGCCUUGCCGCUGCAACGCGAUCGAUGUCACGUUCGCCCAGCCCGGCCCGUUCGUACUGUUCUGACGGUCGGUCGGCACGCGACAGUGGCGAGGAGGAAGACGACCAUCCGAAGCAAGCGCACGAUUCCACGCUUCCACCGAACCGAUCGAUCACUCCCGAUAUCAAGGAUAAGUUUGAUCUCAUCAAAGAACGCCGGAAUAGGGCAGCCGCGGCGGCUGCAGCAGCGGCCGAAAGCAAAGCAAAAGCCAAGCAGGCGAAAGCGAAGGGAAAGGAAGCAGGUAGCUCGGGAAAGAAGGCAGUGUCAAUGCAAGUGCCUCACCAUCAAGCGCUGGUGCCAAACAGCAGCAGAAAAAGCACCAGCAAGUGUGCGACCCAGAAGACGGCAGCAAGCCUUCCAGUGAAAGUAAAUCAUCCAGCAAAAGCACCACCAGUGGUGGUGGCUCGAAGGGGAAGAAAAAUCGCGAUAAAUCGACGGCAAAUAGUGGCGAGUCUUCCAACGCGAAACCGGGCGAUAAAAAAACACCCCCGCCCAGGUGCUGCUUCCGCUGACAGCACGAAGAAGGUGGACCGAAGCAACGAGUACGACUUCGUUGACGAUGGCCCCGACACAAAGCUGCACAAGAACCACGCGAAGUCAGCCCAUGCUGCCAGCGGUGGCUCUUCCAAGGCGGCUAAAAAGUCAACGUCGGCAACAGCAACUGCGACCGGUCCGACCGGUUCAACCGCUCAAAAACAUCUUAAAGCGAAUUCCAAAACCAUACCGCCACCAACGGGAAAAUUGUCCAAAACACCCGCUACAGCAGCGGGCGGUGGUGGUGGUAGUGCGGCUGGUGCAAACAUGGAGGAGCUAGAGCUGGAAACCGAGCAGACACUGAAGGAUAUUAACAAAUGGUUGGAAAACACGCCGCGGUUUCCCGAGUACAGCUCAGCCAGCAACUCGCCGUCGCGCUACAUCAUGGACGAUUUCGACACGGUGCCGGUAAAGAUCGAACCGGCCGACUUCCGCAAACCGAUUCCCCUGUCGCAGCUGCCGGCGGCGAACGAAGCGGCCGCUAGCCCGCUACGUGGAGCAAGUCCCGGUCUGGCGACCAUCGCCACACCGCCGAAAGCAUUCUCCCCUAGGUCGGCAGCCAGUUCAAAAGAGCCCAGCGGCCCUGCAGCGGGCACCGGCAAACAAGCGAGCGGCAGCACGACGCCAUCCGCCUCACACGCGAAAGACGCCUCCAAAGGUGAACCGCUGGGUUCCGAUUCGGCCGGUGCACUAAAAGAUUCUACCAACAGCACCGCUGCCGCAACGGGCAGCAAACCCGCUGGACCGACGAGUCACACACUGCUGGGCCCUCCGCCGAUCAUACCGCCGCACUCGCAAAAGGAACCCAAAGAACCGAAGCGAAAGUCGCUGAAGGAAAAGCUCUGCCAGCUGGGUGCGGGUGGGCGAAAGCGCGAUUUGCACCAUCACCGUACCACGAUCGACCGGUUGCAGCCGGGCAAGGCGAAGGGCAACCUCAUCGGGACGAUCCAGAAUCUCAACAAGCCGGACGAAUUAUUCCCGCUCGGCGCGGGUGGUGGUGCUGGCGCGGGAGGCAGCGGUGCGACCGGCAGCGGUGCCCUGAACAAGGUGAAGGAGGUGAAGAACUCGCUGAUCGUGAAGACGGACGAGUCAAAACCGAAGCUAAGCCUCGGUACCGUGCUUAAUACGGAAGGGUUCGGUAUCGUGCAGCAGCACAACUUUGCCGACGACGAGGACGAUCCCAAGCGUAGCUCCUCGUUGCUGAAGAAGGACGAGGACGCUGAGGAGGACGAACUGUUGAUCGGUACCGCAGCGAUCGGUGCUGUAAAGCCCUUAAUAAGUGCGUUGAAAACCGCAGCACUAGCGAUCACCGGUGGAAGCUCUCCCGCCGGUAGCCGCGAGGGAGGAUUGCUCUCGAAAAAGGAUGAACCUAGCAACACCACGGCCGCGGGUGAGAAAACGGAACCGGCCAGCGAUCUGGCGGUGGCCGGAGAGCCCAAAAGCAGCACCGUUUCGUCGGCAGCGGACAAGUUGUUCUCGCUGGAGGAUGGAAAGCCGGGCAAAGGGGAGGAAACGAUUGGAAAGGACGCACUCAAAGGCAAGGAUAAACCGGCCGCAACGCCCAACCUGAACGCAUGGAUCAAGGCGUUCGGUGCGCCGAAAAAGCCGAAGAAAUCGGACGACACCGAUGAACCCGGCAAAGCUUCGCCGGCCAGCGAUAAGAGCAAGCCGAACGAGAACACCUCCACCCACCCUUCGUCGAACGAAUCGUCCAGCGGCAUUGGCAGUCUGCCGACCAUUCCCGGCAGUCUGGAAAGUCCCAGCUAUCCCACGUUGCCAACCGUACCGCGGCAGCGAAAGGCCAGCACCGGCAGCACGGUUAGCGAGCGGUCCUCGUACAGCCAAGAUCCGGACAGUCCCCGCAUCGGUAUCGACGAACGGCUCGGAGCGUAUCCCGCCCCGUACCCGAGCCCGAUCGGGGCGUCACCGAUCAUGACGUCGCCCAAGCUGGACGAUACGCAGAAGAGCCCGUACCAUCCACUGAACGGUGCGAUAAAGGUCGGGUUCUAUCAGGACACCACGCAGAAGAGCAGCCCGGAAAAGAGUUGCAGUCCGCGGGAUCUACCCUCGCCGUAUCCGCAGUACUCGCAGCAUCUGUACACGUCCAACGCUGCGAACGCGACCGGUACCGGUGGUACUACAACUACCGCCGGGAACAAUAUUGCCCCCGGCGGAGGUUCCUCGGUGUACGGCAGCUAUUCUGCGUAUGGGACUACACCUACCGGUAUCGGGUCUACCGGUACAAACGUUAACCAGCCCAGUACGGCAGCGGCAGCAGCUACGGCAAGCAGUGUGGCCGACAGUUUCAAAGGCUACGGCAAAGAGCUUAAAUCACCGGUCGAUUUCUACGACCAGUACAAACAGCCAGCCUCGCAGGAGUCGGACUACAACUCGUCGAUGAGCCCCAGUACAAAUCCCAACUCUCCAUAUCACAACCCGGCGUCAUCACCGUACCAGCAGCAGCCAAACUCGCCUUCCUGCUACCCGCAAGCGUCCUCCUCCUCCCCGUACGGGCAUCAACCGUCGUCGAUUGCGUCGCCCGCCUCGUCGGUGGGUCCGCUGUCGCCGUACAAUCCGCCGGCGGUACCGCACAGUCCGGCUACCGGACAGACCACACCCUCCAGCAUCAGUGGCCACUCGCCGUACAACCCGGGCCAGGGGCAGUCGCCCUACCACACCAAUCAGGCCCCGUCAACGGCCUCAACGUCGCCAUCGACCGGUACAGCGGUGGGCGGCGUUGCUGCCAGUGGUGGUCAACCUAAGCUGCAGUCGAAACCAAAUACGCCGCUGCACCAAAGCCCCAACUCACCGUUCUCACAGUCAAACCAAAGCUCCCCCUACUCACAGCAGGAUCCCAACUCGCCCUACUCCUCCCAAGGUGGCCAGCUGUCGCCGUUCCAGCCGAUGUCCCCGAAACCCCAGCAGCCGGCUGCUCCGUCCGCUGCCGGCAACACCAGCAACAGCAACGCCAACAAUGCGAUUAAGCUCGCUCCCCCGAUCAUCACGCCGCAACAGGCCGCCGCUGCCGCUGGCGUAAUACUUCCACCCGAAUCUCCCGCCCAUUCGCAAGCGACGACGGCCGCGACGAUCGGUGUGCAUCAGGCACAAAACCUGACCGGAUCGGGCGGCAGUACGGGCACGGGCAACAACAGUUCUGCCCCCUCAAGCACGCCGGGAACGACGAUCGCGUCCACACCGAUGCAGCUGAACUCGCACCAAUCGCCCUGGACGGCGCACCACAAUCAGUACAACCCGUACCUGAACCAUCCGGGCGAUACGGCCGGCGGGGCGGGCAGCAUGUCGUCCUCGUUGCCCCCAGCACCGGCUCAUAUGCCACCAUCUCAGCAGGGACAUCUUAGCAACGUGCACACGCAUCCAUCGCCCGCCCACACGCAGCACCAGCAGCACCAACACCAGCAGCACCACCAGCAGCACCAGCAGCAGCAGCAGCAGCAGCAGCAACAGCAGCAACAGCAUCUACUGCAACACCACCAACAACAGCAGCAACACCAGCAAAGUCAUCAACAGCAACACCAACCAAAUCAUCAGCAAACGCCACACGGGCACCAUCUAGCGACGACACAGCAGCAGCAGCAAAGCCAUCUUGGCAAUCUGCUAAUGGGAUCCAACAACAACCCCUACACUUCCACGUACGGUCGGCCGUACGAUCUCAAUUCGGCGUCGGCAUCCAACACAUCGUCAUCAGCUUCAGCAGCAGCAGCAGCAACGGUGGGCGGAUCGGGAACGACCGCGACAUCAUCCAACAUUGAUCACCAUCAGGCGCCGCAACAUCAUUCCCAGCAGCAACAGCAGCAGCAUCUUCAUCAUCAGCAACACCAACAGCAGCAUUCGGCGCCGCAUCAUCAACAGCAUCCGAGUUUAAGCGGCAUCAGCAACAAGAACAGCCCUAGCACGGCCUCAAUCACCAACACUUCGAAAGUACCUGAAAUGAUCAACCUAGGCUAUAGCGAACCUGAUACCAAUAGCAGCAAACCGGCGCAGGACGUUCCAAUGAACAUGGAAUCUUCGAGCGGUUUGGGCAAGGAGAAAGCAGAUGGUACGAAGGACAACAAACAUUUGCAGCAGCAGCAGCAACAACAACAACAGCAACACCAAUCUUUCGAUCAUCAUAUGGGCAUGAGUUACGGAAACCCGAUGGAUAUUUCCAUCAGCAAAUCGAAGGCGUUCGAUAUGUUUAAUCGUGCGGCGACGAUGAAUUUCCCGCGCGGGUUCGGUGCUCCGGGCAUCCAUCAGCCGGCACCCGCUGGCAACGUUGGGGCCAACAGCACCGGCGGCUACGAUCAUCACCGCUCGUUGUCACAGGCGACCAACAUGAACAAGGCGCACGAUAUGAGCGGUGGUGGAGCAGGUUCGGCGACGGCUAGCGUGUCCACCGCACCAACCGGCUACAUCAUGCAGCCGGCGGGCGGGAAACAGGCCAAUCAACACCCAGCGGACCAGCUGCAUCUGCCCCGCUACGAUCAGCGCAGUCCGCAACAUUUGCAACAGCAGCAGCAGCAACAGCACGGUGCAACAUCCGCUUCCUCUGGGCCAUCAUCGCAACCAAGCGGCAGCGGCACCGCGUCGACGGAUCUCAGCAGCGCGGGUGGCGGCUACAAAUCAUACGGUGUACCGGGUACUCCAGCCACGGCCGCAUCGGCAUCGCUGAUGGACCCGGCAAUACGCAAUCUCACCUCCCUGUCCUCCCUCUACAACCCGGACCCGGACCGACUGCUCGGUGGUCCCGGUGCGCCAUCUGCGACCACGGCUGGCGGCUUCUACGACAAAGGUAUGCCGUCGGCCGCGCACAUGUUUGGCAAAAAUCUAUCCCAGCCGCCGGUCGCGUCCUCCUCCGCUGCCACCACGUCGGCCCUGCAGCAGAUGUUCAACAACACCAUGGCGGCCACCACGAUGGCAGCGUACAACGCCAACCGGGAGCAGCCGAACGUUGGCUCCUACGUGCCAUCGCCCAACUAUCACCAUCCGCAGCAGCAUCAGCAGCGGACCGACAUGAUGAAUGCAACCAACAUCCAGCCGCAAAAGAUGUCCCACAAUGCCAACGUACCGUCGGCUUCGGGCGGCGGUGCCGGUAAUGCGUCGGUCAGCAGUGAACCUGCGCCGCCACCGGCUAAACCCAAACGCUCGCGGAAAAAGAAGGACCAGCUAGCGCAGGAACAGGCAGCGGCGGCGGCGGCGUCAGCAGCAGCUGCAGCAGCAGCAGCGGCAGCGGCAGCAGCCCAACAGCAGCAGCAAACGCUACAUCAGCACGCAAUGCAUGCCGCCCAUCAGCAGCAGGCACUCGGCCCACAUCAAGGAUUCCCCGCCUACCCUGGGCUAAAACCAUCCAACUCUACCUCCUCCGCCAGUGGUGGUGCGGGUGGUGCUGGCGGUGGUCCACCCGGAAUGGGUUCGGCUUCCGCUGCGCCCGGUGCGGUUGGGAAUCCGGCAAGCAGCGCGGAAACGUCCGCCAUUUCGCUGAAAACGGCCAACAUCGUUCCCGGCAGCGCGUUCAAUUUUGGCCCCGGGCCGGCUGGGCUCGGUCUGCCACCGGGUGGCCUUUACGGUGACACGUCUGCCACCACGUACCUGGAGGAGUCGUACCGCAACUCCCAAAAUCCGUACUACCUCCCGCCCAGCCAUCGGGGCACAUCGGCGACGGGCUCGGGUAGCACCGGUACCGAGGCCGACAAGCUUGGCAACCCGAUCGGCUCCCAGGCUACCCCGCCCGGGUCGGUAGCGGCGGCCGCCGCUGCCGCUGCCGUUGCCUCCGUACACGGCCCACCGCCACCGACCGCUGCCUCGCCGUACCAUCAGUUCCUGGCUUCGCAUCACGGCACACGCCCGUACCAGUUCAUGAACCAGUUUGAUCCACUACACCAACAGUACCUGCGACAGGAGGAGCUUCGGGCACAGAUGAUGAUCAACCAGGGGCUUCUGGGCGCGCCGGGUGCCGCUCCGCCUGGUGCGUACGGACAGCCCGGUUACCAUCAUCCCGCGAUCGGUAUGCACAAGCCGUACGACGCGAUGAACAGCAUGAACCGCUCGCCCUUCCUAUAACAUCCGCAACCACCGGCUGCGGGUGAACUUUUGGGAAAAACGGCACCAGUGGGGACAGAGAUGAAUGGCAGCGAAUGAAAACAAACUAAAAAACGAUGUCCCCCUUCUCGUCCUGCAUACAAAGUAAAAGGUUUACUUCAGUUGACAUUAUCAUCCGUUCUAAGAACGAUGUACGAAGGGUAGAACGAGUUUGUGCAACCUAAAAUGCUUUGCGCAUCUGUAUUGAUGUUUUCUAUUUUGGGGGAUUUUGGCAGAUUAUUUUACUUCUUCUAACCUUUUGCACAGAGUGGAAUAAGAACGGUAGUGUUGUUACUUGAAUAAUCCAUUAAAAACUAAGCAAAAAGUUACACCGAUCACAUCUUGCAAGGGUCCACCGCUAAUUGUUUGUGAAUGGUUGAAUUUGCGAACAUUUACUUCAAUUUAGUAUUUUAUGUUUUAGACCUCUCUCUUAUUUUCUUUUCCUUUUUUUCGUUUUGUAAUCAGUCCAGACCCUUGUUGUCCCUAGUUUUGUAUCAUUGUUAUGCAACUGUUGCAAGAUUGUUUCGUUGCUUAUACAAUAUGUUUAUUCGUCCCAGUAAAGAAUAAGGGAAAACAACCGUCAAUAAGUUGAAGUAUUUUUCUUUACGUGUUUUUUUUUGUAUUGUCUUUCCGACCAGAACUGAGUUGGAAUAAGGUUGAAUUGUCUCAUAAAACUACAAAACCUGUGUAUAGUUGUAGAUUCGUUCACAUUGUGCAAACGUCAUGUUUAUGCCUCGUCUUAGACGAUGAUGCAGUGAUUGUGUGAUAAAUGUAUGUCGCUGCUAAAGGAAAAGAUUGUAUUUCUCUAGCGGCUAUUAUCCUAUUUUGGUGUGUGGUGUCUCAGAAUGUUAUAAACUGCAAACGGCUGGGUUUUGUAUGAAUUAGGUUGUUUUUAAUAACGUAAAUUAUGUACUCAGUUAUGCGCAGUUUGUGAAGUAUACUUUUGGUUUUUUUCGUUGUUAUGGUCUUAAAUGAACACACACAUUGAAUAUUCUCAGAAUUGGUCGAGUGUAAAGGUUUCAAGGGUGAAAAUAUCAGACAGCA